UCAUGAGCACGCAUCUUGGUCACCUAGCUUAAAACCUGAAGAAAAUUUCCCAUUCUGGCUGUUGUUGUUGUUACCAUAACUGCGCACAACGUAUCCAAUGGGAGAUACCACCACCAACAGCAACAACGAUAACAGCGGCAAAACGAUGUCACUUCCACUUCCUUCUGGUUUCCAGUUCUACCCUUCCGAUGAACAGCUUCUCUGUUAUUACCUCACAAACAAAAACGCAAACGCGGAUGAAACCGGUAAUCCAUUCGGUUAUGAUUUGAUAAAAGAACUAGAUUUGCAUGAGUACCAACCGCACGAGUUACCGGAGAAGGCGUGUUAUACGUACGGUGACAGAGGAAGGAGGAGGCACUGGUACUGUUACUGUAAAGUUAGGGUUAGAAAUGGAAGAAAAAGUUGGAGGGCAAAGAAUGGAUAUUGGAGAAAGAAAGGGAGAGUUGGAGAAGUAGUGAAGAGUAACAAUAGAGGAGGGAAGAUUAUUUUGGGGAGCAGAACGAGAUUUGUAUUUUAUUUGGGGGAUUCUUUAGAAACUGCCGUGAGGACUAAUUGGUUCAUGCAUGAGUAUGCACUUGUUCACCAUGUCAAGACCUCUUUUGUCCUCUGCCGAGUAUUUCUUAAAUCUCACGGUGGAAAUAGCUUAUCAGAGAUUGGUUUAAGUUCUGUUGCAGAAGAAAGUGUUUCUGCUGUACGUCACAUUGGUGUUCAGCAUGAUGGAUUUCUUACACCUGACAUUGUCGAAGCUAAAGAGCAAGAUGACAACACUGUUGACAGGAAAAAAAAUACACCAGAAAAAGAAAUGAAAUUGGUUAGUCAGCUAGAUAAUCGUGCCAGCUCUAGGCCUGUUUCUCUUACCCACAUUCAAUUUCCAGCAGGCAUCCCACCCAACGAGCAGGUUGGUUCAUCUGGGUUUGGUAGUGGUGGUAUGUUUGUUGAUGCUGUCGCAGCCCAGCAAUUACGAUCAAUUCUGGAGGAAGAUUUCAUAGAGUUGGAUGAUCUUGUGCAUUGAUUGUCCAUGAUAACUUUGAAGUAUGUGUGGAUACUAAUCAAGAUACGUGAAUUAAGUUACUGUUGAUACAAUGCAAAAUGUGAUGAAUUAAGUUACUGUUGAUACAAUGGAAAUGAGGUGAACUAUGUUAAUGUUGUUACAAUGGAAAUGAGGUGAACUAUGUUACUGUUGAUACAAUGGAAAUGAGGUGAACUAUCUUACUGUUGAUACAAUGGAAAUGAGGUGAAUUAAGUUACUGUUGAUAUAAUGGAUCUUAGAUAGGAUUUAACUUCCAGCAAAAGAAGAGGGUUUUCAUGACCCAAGAAUUACAGGCAGUUUAUCUAUUGACGAAAACUUCUGAAACUCUAGAUGAAGAAAUGUACUGGCAUUCUUGAAAUUGAGAGAGAUUUCAUAGCGGGACUGCUUUGCCUGUUAAGAUUUUCUUAAUGUCACAGGCAUUUUCCCCUAAUUAAAAGGAUAAAGAGCUUGAUUGAUUGGAUGAUGGCAAGUCGA